AUGCCCGAGGAUUUCUUUGCUGCCAAAGCCCUUUACAUGGGCAUGGAGGUGGUGAUAGCCGUGUCAUCCGUGAUAGGAAACGUGAUGGUGGUUUGGGCGGUAAAAAUUAAUAGAUCUCUGAGAGAUACUACGUUUUGCUUCAUUGUUUCUCUGGCGCUCGCGGACAUUGCUGUAGGAGCGCUGGUCAUACCACUGGCGAUAACUAUAAGUAUCGGACUCCAGACUCACUUCUACAGCUGUCUGCUGGUGGCGUGCACGGUGCUGGUUCUGACCCAAAGUUCUAUCCUCGCCUUGCUCGCUAUAGCCAUCGACCGAUACCUGAGGGUCAAGAUCCCAACCAGUUAUAAGCGAGUGGUCACUCCCAAACGAGCUGGAGUUGCAGUAUUCGUCUGUUGGACAGUGGCCUUCAUAGUCGGCCUCACUCCCAUGCUGGGCUGGAACAAUUUACAAAACCUACAACGCAAUAACAGCUCAAUCGGCCCGGACCUCAUCGUCACCUGCCAGUUUGAGAACGUCAUCAGCAUGGAGUACAUGGUCUACUUCAACUUCUUUGGCUGGGUGCUUCCCCCUCUGCUUUUCAUGCUCAUCAUCUACUCUGAAAUCUUCUACAUGAUCCACAAGCAGCUGAAUAAGAAGGUGUCCAGCCAUUCUGAACCAAACAAGUAUUACGACAAAGAGCUGAAGCUGGCGAAGUCUCUGGCGCUUGUCCUUUUCUUGUUCGCUGUUAGCUGGCUUCCUCUCCACAUUAUGAAUUGCAUCACACUCUUCUGUCCAAGGUAUGAGAAGCCCAUGUUCCUCAUUUAUAUUGCCAUCCUGCUCACGCAUGGCAAUUCUGCCGUCAACCCAAUCGUUUAUGCUUUCCGAAUCAAGAAAUUUCGUACUACAUUCCAAAGGAUCUGGAAGCAGUACUUCUGCUGCAAGGAGGCUCCUCCCCCUGAGAACCAGAUGAGCGAGAGACUGGAUAACAACCACUACAUCGCUGCCGCAGCUGCAGUCGUAACCCCUCCUGAACCUGUUUUGGAACAAAACAUCUGACUGACAUCCUAGGAUUCUCUAAGGAGGUCGAAUGACUUCUGCUGGCUGGACAUCUAAAGCUGUCAUGUCUUGGUUUGUCUCUUUUGAAUGUAAAUCAGAGCUCACCACAGACUCUUCUGGCUGAAUUAUCCCUUUAUUGGAAUAAUGAGACAGCAUCGCUUUAAAAAGCACCAAGUGAAUCAAAUCAUUUGGAAGAGGAAGGGGAACCACAGAAAAUGUUGCUUUAUGAAGCAGCAUUGAAUGAUGAUUUUAAAACAAACUAGUUUUGACAAUGCAUAUAAAUUAUAGAAACAUGAGUAUUUGCUCAAAUAAUGAAUCAAAAGAAUUGCACACCAUUUUCUUUUGCGCAGUUAUAUUAUAUAUAUUAUUACUCGUUCGGUAUGAAUGUAUGCAGAACAGAUACCAGAGCACUGUACAUGCUCAGCUUGUUGGAUAUUCUGCUUGUGUUCUGAACCUUUGUGCACAAUGGCAGAAAGAGGAUGUCAGAAACAGUGACAAGGAGGUGGACACAGGUUUUUCUUGCCCUAUUGUGGAGUGUGUUCAGUGCAGGUCUUUUAUUGUGAAGGACAAAAACAUCUACUGCAGGCAGCUGACAUUGGAUUUUACUCACAGAUGCAGUGAGGUUAUCUUGCCUUUUAACAAAAUUGUGUGUCUAUGUAUGUGUAUGAUUGAAUGCAUGUCAUAACAAACAUGGGAUUGUUUGUGGAUAAGAAGAUACACUGAAGUCCUAUUUGUCCACUGUUUGAACGUAUUCAGGGUUAAUGAAUUAUCAAAACCAAUAGUGUAUUACCUUUCAGUAUUAUAGCAGAAUUUAGCUACACUUUUUCCAGAAUCAUAAUUAUCAGUUUUAAAAGAAAUGUACGCUACACUACUGGGAAAACAUACUAAACUAGCUUUUGACUUGUCUUAAAGGGAUAGAUCACCCAAAAACAAAAACUGUCAUUAUUUAUGCACCCUCCUGUUGUUCCAAAUCCAUUUGCCCUUUUUUUUGGGGGGGGGGGUGAACUAUCCCUUCAGAAGUGGAGUGUGUAAUUUUUGGGAUGAUAAAAUGCUUUCUCCAGUCCCAACUAUAAGAAAAGCUUAACAGGCGCUAUCAAAACAUUGCUCUGUUUGUUUGAGCAUCCUGACCAGCUUGACACCGACAUCCUGACCGUGAGUUUGAGGGGGGGCAAUUGCACCAGUGGCACAUGAGGUUUGGGAAUUAUUUCUGUAAUUCUGUUUGGUCACUCUAGAGGUGCACGGAUUACACACUUCACUUGUCACACUAAUGUGGGGGUUUUGAUCUCACAUGCAGAUGAAAUACCAGGUCUAUACUGACAUCAAAGUUGAACACGUCUCUAAUCUGUACAUUGUUAUUCACUAUGUCCAAGUCCAUUAUGUUCAUAAUUGUUAAAAAAGACGGUUGUGGAAUUACAAUCAUUUGAACAUUAAAUAUUUGAAUAAAUGGGAAAAAUGAGCUUAUUCAUUUUGCCAUCUAGUUUUUAUUUCACUGUACCCUGUGACACUUAUUUUAAAUGAGUGGGGGCUUCCUGUCCCUGAACACCACACACUUCCACCACACCACACACUUCUCAGUGUGAUCAAAAACAGGAAACAUCACUUUACUAUCAAUAGAAAUAAUUCAUCAUCAUUCAUCUUUAUUCAUCAUCUUUACUGUCAGCAUAUUUGCCUUUCUCUAUCUGUUGGUAUCAGCUUUUGUU